CACCAACUAACUCCACCACCAGCACCAGCACCAGCAAUGCUGAGCAACGUCCUGAUCAAGACGCAGCGCCGCGUGGCCAAGCGCGUGGCGGCCAACGCGGCGCGUCGAUGGGGCAGCGGCGUGGCCAGCGCCAGCCCGUCCGCCGAUGUGCUGCACGGCUCCCCCAUGCCGCUGACCGUGCUGACCGAGGAGGAGGCGAUGUUCAAGGACUCGGUGGCGCGCUUCGCCGCCGAUGUGAUCCAGCCGAGCGUGCGCGCCAUGGACGAGGCCGGCCAGAUGACGCCCGAGGUCAUCCAGGGUCUCUUUGACAACGGGCUGCUGUCGGUGGAGAUCCCGAUGGAGUACGGGGGCGUGGGCGCGUCCUUCAUGAGCCUCAUCCUGACCAUCGAGGAGCUCUCGCGCGUGGACGCGAGCGUGGGGCUGCUGUGCGACCUGCAGAACACGGUCGUGAGCAACGUGUUCCUGCGCUACGCCACGGAGGAGCAGCGCCAGGAGUACCUGCCGCGCCUGUGCGCGGACACGGUGGGCAGCUUCUGCCUCACGGAAGCGGAGGCCGGCAGCGACGCCUUCUCGCUCAAGACCCGCGCCGACGUGUCGGCGGACGGCAGCUACUACACGCUCAACGGCGAGAAGAUGUGGAUCUCCAACGUCGCGCACGCCGACGUGUUCCUGGUCAUGGCCAAUGUGGACCCGUCGCAGGGCUACAAGGGCAUCACCUGCUUCAUCGUGGAGCGCGGCACGCCCGGACUGUCGUUCGGCCCCCCGGAGAAGAAGCUCGGCCUCAACGCGUCGUCCACGUGCUCCGUCAUCCUCGAGGACGUCAAGAUCCCCAAGGAGAAGGUGCUGGGCAAGGUCGGCCAGGGCUACGCCAUCGCCAUCGGCCAGCUGAACGAGGGACGCAUUGGCAUUGCCGCGCAGCAGCUCGGAAUCGCCGAAGGAGCGUACCGCCACGCCAUGCCCUACCUCUUUGAGCGGAAACAGUUCGGCCGCGCUAUUGGGGACUUCCAGGCCAUGCAGCACCAGUACGCGGAGCUGGCCGUGGAGCUCGCGAGCGCGCGACUGCUGGUAUACAACGCUGCGCGACUAAAGGACGCGGGUCUGGACUACAUCAAGGCCUCCUGCAUGGCAAAGCUGCACGCGUCGCGCGUGGCGGAGCGGACGUCCUCGCGGUGCAUCGAGAUGCUGGGCGGUGUGGGCUUCUCGAAACAGCUCAUGGCCGAGAAGUUCUACCGAGACUGCAAGGUGGGCACCAUCUACGGCGGCACCAGCAACGUUCAGCUCAGCACGAUUGCGAGGUUGAUCAAGCAGGAGCUGGUGUGAUGUGAGCUUCAGUUUGUUUGAGGAAGAAGGAAGCCACGCGAACGGAAGCGGCUCUGUGUAUGUGAACUAACUAAUCCAGUGUCAACUUGCCCCACCUAGUUAAAGCAGAAUGCAAGGUGCAAGAGGGAGGAUUAAAACCACGUAGAAAAGGGAUUACUUGCGAGUGU